AAAAUUCCAGUUAAAUUUAAAAUAAUGCUGCGACUACGACCAUUUCGCCUAGAGACAUUUAAAGUUUUUUGCCGACAUGCGAGCAAGACAGGGGGAGGCAAGCCUGUAGACUCGAAUGCAUUGGCGCAGCUGGAAGAGGGCUACAAGAAACUGGUUGCCUCCAAUUCCAAAUCGUUGCUGAAAAAGCACCUUAAAAAAGAUAUCUUUGACAACUUGAAAAAGAAGACAACACCAUCCUUCAAUUCUUCGCUGCUGGACUGCAUUCAAUCUGGGCUGUGCAACCACGACUCAGGCGUGGGAAUCUACGCCCCCGACGCAGAGGCGUACAAAACGUUCGCCGAUCUGUUCGAUCCCAUCAUUGAGGACUACCAUGGUGGCUUCAAGAAAACGGACAAGCACCCCGAGUCCUGCUUCGGACAGGGCAAGGAUUUCGCUAAUCUUGAUCCCAACAACAAGUACAUUGUGUCCACGCGUGUCCGAUGCGGACGUUCUGUGAAAAACUUCCCCUUCAAUCCCUGCCUGAGCGAGUUUGAGUAUGCGGAGCUGGAGUGCAUGAUAUCCGGUGCUUUGAAUACGAUGAGCGGUCAAUAUAAAGGUGGCUACCUACCGCUCUGCGGUAUGGAGAAAUCCGUACAGCAGAAACUGAUCGACGAGCACUUCCUGUUCAAGGAGGGCGACCGGUUCCUGGAGACGGCUGGUGCCUCGCGCUUUUGGCCCAUCGGACGAGGCAUUUACUUCAACGAGGCGCGCAAUUUCCUAGUAUGGGUUAACGAAGAGGACCACAUCCGCAUCAUCUCCAUGGAGAAGGGCGGGGAUUUGGGCAAGGUGUACGAUCGCAUGCUCGGCGGCGUCGAGGCCCUGGGCAAGUAUCUGCAGUUCAGCCGCGACCAGCGUCUUGGCUAUCUAACCUUCUGCCCUACAAAUCUGGGCACAACAAUCCGCGCGUCCGUUCACAUCAAGCUGCCCAAUCUGACGGCGAAUCCAGAGGAGAUGCAAAAGCUGGCCACCAAAUACAAUCUGCAGGUGCGAGGCACUAGCGGCGAGCACACCGAGGCCAAGGGCGGGGUCCACGAUAUCUCCAAUAAACGACGGAUGGGUCUCACCGAGUACGAGGCCGUCAAAGAGAUGUACGAUGGCAUUCGCGCCCUGAUCGAUGCCGAGAACAAGGUGUGCAAGUAGUAGCAGCCUACAGUCUACAUCUUCGAUUAGAAUUUGGAUACUGUAAAUAAAUGCAUUUAAAAUGCCAAGAAUA